AUGGCACCAAAACAAAAAAGAUCACAACAAGAUGAUUUAACAUCUGUAAAGAAACCUAAAACAAGAAGCAUUAAUUAUUCAUUAUGUAUACCAACCAGUAUUAUAAAUAGAUCAAAUGCUAAAAAUUUACAACAAGUUACAAAUAUUUUAUAUCAAAUUGCAAAAGUUGCAUCAAUAUAUAAUGUUGGUGAAAUUAUUAUAAUGGAUAUUCAAACACCACCAGAUGAAAAAGUUAAUUUAAAUGAUGUUCAAGAUCCAAAUUCCAAGAAAAAAAUAAAAUUUGAUGAUGAUAAUACAUCAACAGAAAAAGCUAAGAAUGAAGUUAGUGAAGAUGCAAUGACAAUUGCUACAAUAUUACAAUAUUUUGUUACACCACCAUAUUUAACAAAAACAUUAUUUAAAAAAAAAUUUUUCUCAAAUUUCCAAUAUGCAAAAAAUUUCCCAAAAUUAACAACAUUACCAUUUAUGAAUCCAGAAGUAUCAUCAAAAUAUAGAGAAGGUUUAACAGUAACAAUGGGGAAAACCACCAAGUCGCAAAAUAAAUCUAAAAAAUCUCAACCUUUAAAAAAUACAAAAUUUGUUAAUAUUGGAUAUGAUAAAUAUUUAGAAUUACAAGGACAACAAGUCCCUGUUAAUGUUAGAGUAACGGUAAAUACUGAAACCAAGAAAGUUGUAUCACCAAUUGAAGCAUAUGAAGAACAAGUUGGUGCCAAAUCAUCAUAUGGUUAUCAUGUUCGUAUUGCUAAAAAAUUUACUUCAAUUUUCACAGAAUCAAGUUAUCCAGAUGGUUAUUCUCAAAGUAUUUAUAUAAAUAGUGGUGAUUAUUUUAUUAAACCAAACAAGAAACCAGAAUUAGCAGAGGUUAAGCUGAAUGAUUCUCAAGAUUUAAAUUUAUUAUUAAUUAUAUCAAAAUGGAAUGAUAUUGAAUUAGCAUUUAAAUAUGAUUCAAAGAAUUUAUCAGGUGUAGAGAAUCCAAAAGAAUUUUUUGAUGGUCAAAUAACGAUACCUGAAGGUACAAGAAUUGAAGAUGGUUCAUUAAUUGCAUUAACAAAAUUAUCAACAUUAUAA